AUGACGACUUUGACGGCUGCGGCGCUGCUGCAUAACACCGCCACUCGUCUGACGCUAGGGAACACGCCGCUGCACGCCGUCCCGGUGACGGUGGCGCAGCAGCUAAAGCCCCUGCUGGAGUCCAGCACCUCGCUGACUGCCUUUACCGUCCACACACAAUUCACGCCCCCGGAGUCCUUGCGGCUCCUGCUGCUCGGAGCCGCACGUUGCCGCAGUCUGCAGCAUGUGCGACUGGUGGGGGGCAUCAGUGUGCUGCAGUCAAGGAUGAUGAUGUCGGCUUUUAUGCAAUUUACCUUUGCCCGAAGAAACUCGAGGGCGACCUCGGCGGUGCGGCCCGCCAAGAGCCCUGCAGGGCGCUGUCCGCAUACGCCUUUCUCGAAGCGGCCGUCCCCGGCCCCCAAUCCACGUCGCAACGCUGCGGUGUGUGAAGCAGACAUCCCCCGCGGCGCAUGCCGCCCCUGCGGGUACGCCCGACUGCACUCGCAUCAACAGCCAAACUCGGAGACCGUGAGGUCGCCCUCACCACGCGGGACCUGGUUGAAUGGGGUGCACAUGGUACUAGACAUGCAUCACCUCGAUGACGUCGUGGCAGGUUUUUUGCUGAAGGGGCUGGAGCGGUCAGAGCGCAUCGUCGGCCUUGACCUCCACAUUGCCCCGACCUCACAGGCUGCCGCACGGGUCGCAGGACGUUUGCAGUCGCAUGCAAAUGCCAUUGUUGCUCGUAACGCCCGACGGGUGCGUUACUUGCUGUGCCAGAAGCCCCCAGGCGGGGCUGCUCCGGUGCCAGGGGCACAGAAAAAGGCGCAGGCGCACUUGGAUCCGUUCUCGCCACUUCCAGAAGACUUUCCGAGAGCAGAAGAUCGAGAGGAAGAGAGGGUGGGGGAAGGAAAUGGGAAGGAGGAAUGGGGAGGGGCAGCUGCGGCAAUGCGACGGGAGCUAUCGACGUCCGAUUCGAAUACGCUUCCACCACAUCGCUAUACCCCGCCGCGUCUCUUGUCAGGAGCACCGCCUGACCCGCCUCUGCGGCCACUGCAGCCGCACGUGGUGAAUGCACGUCUCAGGCUCUUCGGCAGAGAUGAUGUGGACGCGGGGCACACGCCGCUGCGUGGCGAGCAGGGGGAAAGGAAAGGGGAACGGGAGGCAGCCCAGGCGAAUGGGCGCUUCGUGUGCUUCGGGGAGGCGUUGCAUACGCAAGAACUGGUCCAGGCGUCAAAGACCCCACUAGAUGCAAGGCGGGGGCAGGCGGAGCAAAGAGGAGGUGAGCAGUCUGCAUCACCGACGCCGGGAGACCCCUUGGGGGCGACGCAGGCGAGUCCCUCGUUCUCGCGCCACACGCCGUGCUCACCGCCCUCCCCGCGCGGACAGCUGGUGCAACACAUUCGAUGCCUCCACGGGUGCGUGCGGGACAUCAACGGCGUUGUGGUGCGCCACCAGAUGGAGAGCCGGGACUCCAUACAGAGAUUGGUCGCCCAGAUGCAUGUGUUGGAGGAGCGGUUGACAGAAGGGCUUUCUUCCAAACUAACCGACAUUUUGGUGUCCUUGUCGGAAAUGGAAAAACAGUUGGAGUGA